AUGCAUAAAUCUGGUAUGCAAUAUUUACUUCUAAAUAUUAACUGGACAAUGGUAAUAAUUAUACUUAUUCCACAAAUAAUGCCAAUCGUAAGUCAACGAAUAAAUCAAAAAUUUACUUUAAAUUAUUUUGCUGAAAAAAAAGUACAGCAAAUUAGCAUGUUUGCUUGUUGGAAUAACGCAGAUAUUUUGAAAUAUACUAAACACAUUAUGAAAAAUACUCAAAUGUCCUAUCAUGCUAUUGAAGAUAUUUUCAAUAUUAGAAGCUUUUUAAAAUCUGAUUAUUAUAAAAUUGGCGUGGUUCUUGAUUUUGAUUGUCCAGGAAGUCAAGAUAUUUUAAAGCAGUUUUCAGCUGCUAAUUUACUAUUCAAUGAAUCAUAUGUAUGGCUUACUGUUACGACAUUACCUGAAGUGCCAACGAUAAUUCUACGCGAACUUCCGCUUAGAGUUGAUUCGGAAUUUGUAGUAGCUUUGGCUUAUAAAGAUACAUAUGUCCUUUACGAUGUUUACAAUUACUCUUAUCGUCACGGCGGUAAACUUAACAUCACUAAAAUGGGAUUUUGGAAAGAAGAGAGUGGAUUAAAAAAUUACUUAACCCAAUAUAAAUUCAAGAGACGUCAAAAUUUACAUGGAAUAACGUUGAAUUUUUCUACGAUUCUCACGAAUAAACCAGAACCCGAUUUGGAGACAUACCUUGCAAUUCCGAAAGAUCGUCACCUAGAUUCAGUGACACGUUAUCAUUAUGGUUUAGUACUGCAUCUUCGUGACAUAUAUAAUUUCUCAAUAAACUUAAAAUUAGAUACCUCUUGGGGUUAUCGAAAUACUAAUGGAACUUUCAAUGGAAUCAUCGGUGACAUGAUUAAGGGCACUAUUGAUGCUAGUGCUUGCUAUUUUCAGCAAAGAGAGGAAAGAAUAGGUUUGGUCGAAUAUACCGUUCCUACAUACGGUUUGAAGCCUCAUAUGUUUUUUCGACAUCCUAAAAAAAAUACUUUAAGAAACCAAUUUUUGAAGCCGUUAGAAAAAAAUGUCUGGAUGUUAUCGUUGAAUAUUAGUAUUGUCUUUUGGAUUUUUUUAAUAAUUGUUGUAAAAGUUGAUGAUUAUUAUCAAUCUCAUAGAGAUCAAAUGUGGCUUGCGGAUGCCUCAUCAGACUCCACGAUUACAAUUGUCGCAGCAAUAUCGCAGCAAGGAUCAAGUAUUGAACCAAAUUUAUUCUCAGGAAGAAUAGCAUUUCUCGUGCUUUUUGUGUGGUCGCUCAUGAUGUUUCAGUUUUAUUCAGCCAGCAUAGUGGGUUCAUUAUUAGCACCACCAAAAAGAUUUAUUAAUACUCUUCUGGAUCUAGCAGACAGCGAUCUAGAAGUUGGGUUUGAAGAUAUUGCCUGGCAGCGCAAUGCCUUUGCAACAAAAGAUGACCCGGAAACAGUAUACUUCUACAAGAAAAAAUUUUAUAGUGUACAGAAAAGGAAACACUGGGAUCAUCAAAAAAACGGCAUGCUGGAAGUGAGCAAAGGAGGCUAUGCUUUUAGCAGUGAAACUGGAUCAGCUUACCAAAUAAUCGAAGAUACUUUUACACAAGAACAAAUAUGCGAUGUAGUCGAAGUACCAUUAAUCGAGCCACAGUAUGUUAGUUUGAUCAUGAGUAAAUAUUCGCCAUUUAAGGAAAUGUUUAUUUAUGGAUUGCGUCAAAUGGUACAACAUGGACUGGUGGACCAUCUAAAGAAAGUAUGGACUCACCGGCGUCCACAGUGUCCUGAGAGUUUUCGCUCACAACCAUUACCGAUUGGAUUGAUGGAAUUCAGUCCAGCAUUAUUUUUGAUCGUAUUAGGUUCAGUUGUAGCUACGAUAAUUCUAGCAGUUGAAAAGUUUCUUAUGAUCUCGUCACAAAGAAAAAUCUUAAAAGCUGAAAAAGUUGACAGUCAGAGCAAGUCUACAACUUCAUUAACUACAUCACAACUUGAAGCUUAA